AUAAACUGAUUGCAGCAAAAAAAAAAAAAAUAACAAAAAAAAACAAUGCAGACGCACAGGCCAUAAGAAAAUGGAGUAUCCACAAAUUGAUUUAUACGAAUUCCUUACCGAGUCCGAACUGCAACAGUACUACAAUGCCAUUAAAAACGAAUUGAAAAUAACGAAUGCAGCUCAAUUUAAGUAUGCAACGGAUGAGGAUUUACGUUUCAUUGGCCUCUCGAGGCCGGAAAUCCGAAGACUGCGUAAAUACUAUGAAAAGCAUUUCCCUCACAGUUACCUCAGCAAGAUUAAGCGUCUGCUGCAGGCUCCCUCCAUACCGAUGAUGAUUACGAAGCGGGUCGGGGAAAAUGCAGGAGAUGGCACCACACAGUUAUCGACAGAUGGCAGUGUUUCUGGAGCAGGAGCUAUAUCAUUGGCCAGUGGUAGCAGUGAAUUUGGCAUCAAUUCACCUAGCAAAGUGCCCAAUAAUAAGCAUAUAAUCCCAGCGGAUGCUAUUAGUGUGAACAAGCAAUUGGGCACUGGAGAGUUUGGAAUAGUCCAGCAGGGCGUCUGGACGAAUGGCAGUGAGAGGAUACAAGUGGCCAUUAAAUGUCUGUGUCGCGAGCGAAUGCAAUCGAAUCCCAUGGAAUUCUUAAAGGAGGCAGCUAUAAUGCAUUCCAUUGAGCAUGAGAAUAUUGUGCGUCUUUAUGGCGUUGUCCUGGCCACAGAUUCCUUAAUGCUAGUCACUGAGCUAGCGCAUUUACGCUCCCUACUCGAGGUCCUUAAGGAUGCUGGUCUACGUGUCUCAUUCCUCACAAUACCCACGCUCUGUGAGUUCGCCCUACAGAUCUGUAAUGGCAUGCGCUAUUUGGAACAGAAGCGUCUCAUUCAUCGUGAUCUGGCGGCCCGCAAUAUUUUGGUGUUUAGCAAGGAUAAAGUGAAAAUUUCGGAUUUCGGUCUAUCGCGCGCUUUGGGUGUGGGCAAGGAUUACUACAAGACCAAUUUUAAUGUGAAUCUAAAGCUGCCCAUCGCCUGGUGUGCUCCGGAAUGUAUUAAUUAUCUUCGGUUCACCAACUCCUCGGAUGUGUGGGCGUAUGGUGUGUGUUUGUGGGAGAUGUUCUCCUAUGGUUUCCAACCCUGGGCUGCUUUAACAGGAUUGCAAAUACUGGAGGCCAUCGAUGCUCCAAAUUAUCAACGAUUAGAACAACCCGAUUGUUGCCCCAGUGAAUAUUAUACUCUAAUGAUGAAAUGCUGGCAGGAUGAUCCAGCCAAGCGUCCGAAAUUCAAUGAAAUCUAUGAACAAUUGCCUGACAUGAAGCCGGAACAAUUAAAGGCAGUGGUAAAUUGCCUGGAGGCCAAAAAGGAUCAUUUAAUGUAUCGCCAGGGUGAUAUUAUAAGUGUCCUGGAUCGUAAUACGGGGACACCCUUCUGGAAGGGCGUUCUGAGCACGGGAAAAACGGGUUACUUCAAUCCCUCGAAUACGGUUGCCUUCUUGGAGGGCUUACCGGCCAUGUGCCCAGCUUCCAGUCGGGAUUCGUUUGGUAGUCGUGUGAGCGAUCAUCGCAUAAGUAAAAGAAAACUACGCACCGAAAUGAUAUCGAAGCCACAAAAUGAUUUCAAGCACACGGGACAUGUGGGCAUAGAUGGAGCUACUUUUGGUGACAUUGCCUUUUUGGGAAGCUCUCAGAAUUACAAUCAUGUGCCCAAGCAGAUUGUGACUCCGUAUAAACCGUCGGAGGAUAUAGAGCAAACUCCUCUCCUGCUGCCGCCCACGCCCACCAGCCCAGAUUCACUACAGACUGCCAGUGGUUAUUUUCCCGAUGGAGCCAAUUCAAUGAAUCCUACUUUUAUACCCUCCACGGAGCAUACACCCAAAUUGAUAGCCUCCCAAAAUGGUCAAAGUUCGUUUGAUUUUCAAACGACCAAUACCAAUCCCUUUAAGCUGGACGAACAGCAGAUGGCAUUCGCCUUGCAGAACAAUAAUGGUCAAAGUGGCAAUCACUGGCGCAGUACUCCAUCAUCAGAUCCUCAUGAGUAUCAUGAGAUAUCCGAUGAUGAGAUAGCCACAGAUAAACUUGAUUUUGGUCCCUCACUAAUGGAUGAGAUAAACUCAAUGUUUGGUUCAAUUAGUGGACCCAAAUCGCCAGGAUUUGAACAGGCCAAUGGAAAAAAUGAAUUUACUGAAUUGUCAGGAGCAAAAUGCUCUAGCCGAUCAGGUGAUAGUAAUGGCAAUAAACAUGGAGGAGGAGGACAUGGUCAUGGUUUGCUCACAACACUUUCCAAAAAGAAACACUCAUCAUCGUCAUCUGGAGGAACUGUUAAACCAAUUUCGGUAAAGGAUGAGAAAAUAUUAAAUCAUGCCAUUGAUAUGGCAAAUGAAAUAAGUGCCAGAUCCAUGAUUGAUUUGGUUAUGGAUCACACGCCCACCAUGCACAGUCCAAAGCGUAAAUUUAGUUUUCGCUUUCCACAUCUCAGCGGGGGCAGCAGCAGCAGCACAAGUGGUGGAGGCGGCGACAAGGCCAGCUCUGCCAGUGGCAGCAAUCAUACCCCAAAUUCAUCUCAUCAAGGUGGUGCUGGCAAUGGUCAACAUAGUUCACCCUAUUCCAAGAAAAAGAACUUUACUGAAGAGCUGCAAAGUAUUCCGGAUAUACAGCGUUUUCGUUCAUUGAGCGAAAUAAAAAACAACUCGGAUUUGCGUAUUCCCAUUUUCGAUAAGGAAAGCUCCGAUUUUCUAUUCGAAAAGUCAAGGGAAAUUCUCACUCGACCCUUGAACUUGGAACAGUCAACAGGAGCGACGAUGUCAUCGUCGGCGGCACCCAGCAGCAAUAAUAUCAAUGAAAAUAUUAUGGAUAUUGAGAAUACAUUAAAAGCAUUAAAUUUGGAUUUUAUGCACACGUACACGGAAUUGGAUAAGAGUGAUUCGAAUGAUACACUGCUCAAUGAUCAAUUGCCAUCGUCGGCUCAGUUGCAGCAUCAGCAAUUGCUGAGCAUGGAUGAUGGUGGCAUAAGCAGUGCCGUUACCACUGGCAGCCUCAAAUCCGCAUCGGCUGUCUACAGCUAUAGCAACGGGGUGCAGACUAUGUUUGAUUUCAAUGCUGCCACCAGCCAUUUGGAUAAACAUUUGCAGUAUAUGCACAAUCAGGCUCAACUAAAUUUGGCUUCCAGUCUGACACAGAACGAACAGAAUAGCAGCAGUAGUCGUGCGGCCCUGGAGGACAAGAGAUCGAGUACUCCAGAUACGGGCUUCGCUUCGAGAGACACAAACAUAUCGCUAUCUCGAAGGAGUAGUCAAAAAUCUAGCUAUAGUCCGCAAGAGCGUGAAAUGGAAAGUUAUUUUCCCAUCAAGAGUGAAGCGUUGCUGUUUAGUGCACCGCCAGUGCUCAGUUUGAGAGAUGAACUGGGCUAUGAACGUUUUGGCCAUGCCAAGCAAUUGUUGGCCAAUGCCUCACCCAUUAAAUCGGCAUUGAAUGCCAGUCAAAGUUCAGUUUAUCGUUAUCGUCAGCGUUCCACGUCGUUUAAUGAGAGCUUCCAACCGAUUAACUCACCGGUUUUAUCUGAACCACAACCCCAGCUACAAAAGCAUCAUCAACACCAGCAGCAACAACAGCAGCAGCAGCAGCAACAGCAACCACAACAACGUGUAAAAUCACGUCACUUGCAGCAAGGAACACAACCGCGUCGCUCGGCCUCGUAUAAGCCACGUUCCAUAAGGGCUAGAACCUUGCGUAGACUCAGCUACAAUCCCAUGACUCUGGACUCGAGUUCUUCAAGCGGGGAAGAGGCCAAUUGUAAGCCCAGUUUGGCGCGUUCUGAAUGCGAUAUACGUUCCGGUGGUUCUUUAAGCCGACGUCGUCGCAUGGGUCUUAAUCGACAGGUGCAAUCCGCUUGCCAAGAUGAGCCAAUUAUCAUAUCACCAAGACAAAUCUAUGGCUCCAAUUCGAGCAUCAAGUCGGCUCCCCACUACAAUUUGGGUAAUCAACGAAGGAGUUUCUAUAGAGGAGGUGGAGGAGCACUGGCAGGAGGUGUUGGUGGCAUCUAUGAGCCAUUCCAUUAUGAUGAACGUAUUUAUGACUUUGGUGGUCGUGGUCCAGGCAACAAUUACAAUCCAAUCGUUGCUGGCGGUGGCUAUUUAAAUCAAGUGAAAUCCACUAGCUAUAUGCUUAAUGGUCCCGAUUCGGGAUCCUCUUCUGCCAACGGCAAUGGCCACCUGCGUCCUCUGAGCGCAGGGGGGACAGCAGCAACUGCUGCAGCAUUACAUGAAUUUGAUAUAAGUCGUCUGACUGGUAAAAGUCCCACUUCAACCAAUUUUGUAGGCAGCUCACCCGAAGAAGUCAAGCAGGUGAUGGAAAAACCUCAAAGACCAACCGAAUUUCAUUGGCCAGAGAAGAUACAUGCCUCCGUAUGGAGGCAACAGCCACAACAAAAUACUUCCACAUCGAUUAUAACACCAGCCAGAGCUGGACAAGCCAAUUCUAGCGAUUCAUCAUCAUCGUCGAGCACGGAGAGCGGUGAUGAAUUUCAAUUUCGUCGAGAAUAUCAUAAUGCGACUGCAUCGGCUACAACUACGCCGCGUAUACCACCUAGUCCGGCUCCAUAACUAAGGAAAAUGCUGAAAUAUGUUCUCAAUUUACUGUUCGGCAAUGUUUUAUCGGAUUAAAGGAUUGCCAGGAUCCACGAUAUGUGUGUGUGUGUGUGUCGAUGGGGUGUGUUAGUGUGUGUGUUGGGUCGAAAAGUAAAUUGUAGAAGUAUUUACAGCCAAAAUCAAAAAACCAAAACCAAAAAACAAAAAAACAAUGAGAGAGU